AUGCCGAAACUAAUUGUUGUAGUUGGCGUUACUGGACUGCAGGGCUGUUCUGUGGCCAGAAAGUUUCUCAGUCUGCCUGGAUGGAAAGUCCGAGGCAUCACAAGGAACCCCUCUGGCGAUAAGGCUAAGGCACUUGCGGUUGAGGGCGUAGAGAUCGUUCAGGGCGACCUAGACGCAGCACCCUCGACACUCAUUCCAGCGCUUACAGGAGCCGCCGCCAUUUUCUGCAACACCGACUUCUUCGCACCGAUAUGGCCGGAAAUAUCCAACCCCUCCUCAACGCUCAAGGGAGAGGCGCUCCUCAAGCACGCGUUUGAACGCGAAGUCGCACAGAACGUGGCCGUGGCCGAGGCAGCCGCCGCGCCUGAGGUGCUGGCUACGCUGGAGCGCUUCGUCCUCUCGUACCUCACCGACAGUACCAAGGCCAGCAAAGGCAAGUACACCAACAUGUACCAUUUCGACUCCAAGGCCGAGGCGGCGCGGCAGAUCGAGGCGCGGUUCCCCCAGGUGCACGCGCGGAUGAACUACCUGCUCAUGGGCCACUACACCAACAAUGUGACCCUCAUGCCCUUCAUGUGGCCGCAGAAGCAGGAGGACGGCAGCUACCUGAUCGCACGCUCGGUUUCGGCGACCACGUGGGUCCCCUUCAUCAACGUGCCCCGGGACACGGGCGAGUUCGCGUGGGCGCUGGUCGAGCACUUGAAGCCCGGCACGACGCUGCUGGGUGCUUCGCAGAUCAUGACGUGGCCCGAGUUCACUAGCCUCUGGGGUGAGCUGCUUGGUGUCAAGGCCGAGUACAAGCAGGUCACUGGGCGUGAGAUCUUCAAGGGCCUUCCUAGCCCGGUGGAUGACGAGAUCAUUAGGAGUUUUGACUUCUGGAAUGAGUUUGGGUUUGUAGAUGAUUCCACUGUCGUGUUCCCCGAUCAGCUUGACACAAAGUUGUCUCUGACCUCAAUGGAGGACUUCAUUAAGAACGAGGACUGGAGCGCGGUCUUGUAG